AUGCAAGCUAACCGCUUUAUUUACAGCUCAAAACACAUCUUCUCACCAGGCUUCGAUUUAGCGAUUCCAAAAGCCUCAGACCUCUUCCAAUCAUCUCAUAGAGAUGAAGCUCUUUCUCGAAACCUCCCCACACAAGCAGAAAGAAUUUUGGAUGCGCCUGAUCUUUUAGACGAUUAUUACCUAAAUCUAUUAGACUGGAGCUCAUUAGACAGUUUAGGUGUUGCAUUAGACAACACAAUCUACGCAUGAACAAAUGGAGAAGUGCGAGAAGUCGUCAGUUCGCCCAUAACAAUUACCUCACUAGCAUGGAUGCCAGGAACCCACUGCUUAGCAGUUGGAGACACUGAAGCUGAUUUGACGCUUUAUGACAUACAGGCUGGGAAGAAAAUAAGAGUCAUCCAUGCUCAUACAGACAGGAUUUCCAGCUUGUCCUGGAAAGGUAGUAUCCUAUCUUCUGGGAGCAGGGAUUCGACUAUUGUCCAUCACGAUAUGCGAGCAAAGCACUUUCAGAUGCAAAGUAAAGGUCAUUUCCAAGAAGUGUGUGGACUUAAAUGGAGUGACAGAUACCUUGCUUCAGGAGGAAAUGACAAUCAUUUGAAUAUCUGGGAAAUUGGGUAUUCAACACCUACUUAUAGUUUUCAUGAUCAUACUGCGGCUGUUAAAGCUUUGGCUUGGUGCCCUUAUACAGCUGGAGUUUUGGCUUCUGGAGGUGGAUCAGCAGACCAAACUAUCAGACUUUGGGAUGUAGCAAAAGGAAACUGUAUCAAGACAAUCAAUACUGGAAGUCAGGUCUGUGCACUGGAGUGGAGCAAGCAUGAUACAGAGCUUUUAAGCGCUCAUGGAUUCGCUGAUAACCAGCUGACUGUAUGAAAAUAUCCUUGCAUGCAGAAACUUGGAGAUAUAAAAGGUCACACUGCAAGGGUUUUAUAUUUAGCGCAAAAUCCUGAAGGGGAUCAAGUGGUUUCAGCUGGGGCUGACGAAACCAUACGAUUUUGGAAAAUUUUCGAAAAGCGAGGGAAAAAUCGAAGCAUGGAUCUGAAAUUCUCAUGUAGAUAG